AUGAGGAAGAAAACCGUAGCACACAAGCCUCCUCGUGAAAAAGUGUACAAGCUUCCAUCAAAGCUUUCCACUCGCUCCCAAGACCGAACCUUCACACCCUCACCAUCUCCUCCUACCUCUCCUCCGAGAACUGACCCAAUGGCACGGACCAAAACUACAACCAGAUUUCCUGCCUCUGCUAAGCCGACGCCUCCUCCAAGGGUGCCUCCUUCAAAACUUGGCUCCUCAAAACCAAGCUCAUCCAAAGGCAAACGUCCGGUAGCCGAGGAACUAGUUUCCGAGCCUACUCAGCCAAAGUCUAGGUUUGUUCCUUUGCGUUCACAAAGAGGUAACCCUCGUCUCCCUCUCAAAUAA